CCUCCACUCCACGAUUUUACGCCCUGCCCUGCCUUUCGUGUCGAGCCGGAAGAUCUCAAUUUCACAUGAGACACUGCGACAGCUACACUACUUCUCCUCCUACUGAUCGACCUUUUACCUCCGUCCCUGCCUGGUCCUUUAGGCGACGUUGAUCAGCAGAAAGACUAGAAAAUAUGGCCGACCCAAACGAUGGCCAGCUGCCGCAGCCCAAGUUCUUUCUGGACCCGUCAGCGCACCUCAUCGUCGUCUCAAAUCGGCUGCCCGUGACUAUCAAGGCUGAUGCGUCACAGCCGGGCGGCUACUCGUUCAGCCUCUCGAGCGGCGGGCUCGUCUCUGCGCUGAGUGGUUGCAAGAAGCACAUGUCCUUUACCUGGAUUGGCUGGCCCGGCCUGAGCGUCGCCACGCGGGCCGAGGAGGAGCACAUCGAGCAGCGGCUGCGCGACGUGUACAGCUGUCAGCCCGUAUGGAUCGACGACGACAUUGCGGAUGCGCACUACAACGGCUUCUCCAACUCGAUCCUCUGGCCCCUCUUCCACUACCACCCGGGCGAGAUGAACUUUGACGAGGCCAACUGGCUUGCGUAUAGGGAAGCCAACCUCAAAUUCGCAGAGACGGUCCGAAGAAUCGUCAAGAAGGGCGACAUGGUCUGGGUGCAGGACUACCAUCUGAUGCUCCUGCCCCUAAUGCUUCGCACUCUGAUAGAGGGGUCGGAGUUGCAGGGCUACGCAUCACAGCGCGAGCUCGAGCAUGUCAGGCACGGCGUCGAUGGUACAUCGCAGCUCAACGACUCCGAGGGGCUCGCUGCCCCACGGACAUCGCCCUACAGCAGUAUGGACGACACCAUGAAGAAACCAACGAGCGCGACAGUAGACGAGGAGGAUGAGUCGGAGCAAGUGCAGAAGCAACAAGAGGAUGGAGCGCGCGAGGGACAUGGUCUGGGCACAUCGGACGGUAUCAGCGCGCGGGGCGCCAUCAAGAUUGGCUUCUUUCUGCACACGCCCUUUCCCAGCAGCGAGAUCUACCGCAUCCUGCCCGUGCGCCGCGAGAUCCUGCUGGGAAUCCUCCACUGCGACCUCAUUGGCUUCCACACCUAUGACUAUGCUCGCCACUUCCUCUCAUCGUGCACCCGUAUCCUUGGCCUGCCGACGAUGCCGAACGGCGCCGAGUUCGAGGGCCGGUACGUGCAUGUGGGCACGUACCCCAUCGGCAUCGAGCCUGCGCAAUUUGAGGAGGGCCUCAAGCGCGAGAGCGUACUGCAGCGCAUCAAGUCGCUCGAGCGCCGCUUCGAGGGCGUCAAGAUCAUCGUCGGUGUCGACCGGCUCGACUACAUCAAGGGCGUGCCCCAGAAGCUACACGGGCUCGAGACGUUCCUCCACGACCACCCCGAGUGGAUCGGCAAGGUAGUCCUGGUCCAGGUGGCCGUGCCGUCGCGCCAGGACGUCGAGGAGUAUCAGAACCUGCGCGCUAUGGUCAACGAGGCCGUGGGCCGCAUCAAUGGCCGAUUUGGAACCGUCGAGAGCAUGCCCAUCCACUUCUUGCACCGCAGCGUCACCUUUGACGAGCUGUGCGCCCUCUACGCCAUCAGCGAUGCCUGCCUCGUCUCGAGCACGCGCGACGGCAUGAACCUCGUCUCGUAUGAGUACAUUGCGUGCCAGAAGGAGCGCAACGGCGUCAUGAUUCUCUCCGAGUUUGCCGGCGCAGCCCAAUCGCUUAACGGAUCCCUGAUCGUGAACCCCUGGGACAAGUUUGCCGUCGCCGACGCCAUUCACGAGGCCCUGACGAUGCCGGCCGACGCGCGCAAGGCAAACUUUGAAAAGCUCAGCCGCUACGUCCUCAAGCAUACAGCCAGCCACUGGGGUUUGAGCUUCGUCUCGGACCUGACGAGGAUCAGAGUGGGUCGGUCACCGCCCGGGCUCGUCUGAGGUGGACCCUUCUUCUGCUCUCGCUUUUUUUCUCUCUCUCUCGUGUGUACAUCAGCCAUCCAUCUGCAUCUCCAUUGCCAUAGGUCUCUUCCACUGUCUCCCGAUGGCACUGGCAAUAGGCCGCGCGUCCAUACACGAACGAAUGUGCGGCUGUAGCCGUGCAUGAGAAAAGAACGUUGCAACCAAGCGAUGUGAUAAUACGAAGGAGGGAAAAGGAAGCUAUCCAGAAGGUGUAUAGGGCGAAAGCUUAGUCGACAAUGGUGAGCUCCUUGGAUCGGUUGGCCGCAUAGGCGUCCUUCCACUGCUCCCAGAUGCGCUCGAGCU